UGAUUAGAUUCACCUGCUCCCGCCCUGUGUCCCUGCGUUUCCUUCUCUCUCCGUCGAGAACAAGUGUUUUAAAACUCUGUUUUCUCCGUGGUUUUCACCUGGAUAUUGUUUUGAACCACUGCAAUAAGAAGUGAAACCCAUGUCUACUCUGCAACAUGUUGCCAAACAACAACAACAACAAGAAAACACUGGCCUCAUGUUCACGCCACCUCUCAGCCGGAACUCUUCACCUCUGUAGCCGAGAGUCCGCUACCAGCGGCCGGCGUCGAUGAGCGGUGGCAGGAUGACGGGACACAAGUUCUGGGGACCGUGUUCCUUUGGGUUUUACAUUUGGACAGUCAUUCUUUUCAAAGGAUCCAUGCAGGGGGAGCACCAGAGGAGACUGUACAAAGAGCUGCUAGCUAACUAUAACAGACUAGAGAGACCUGUAGUCAACGACUCUGCUCCUAUUCUGGUGGAGUUGGGCUUAACACUCUUGCAGAUCAUAGAUGUGGAUGAGAAGAACCAAGUCUUGAUGACAAAUGCUUGGCUGCAACUGCACUGGACUGAUGUCUACCUGAGCUGGAAUCCAGAAAACUACCCUGGUGUCCAGAACCUGCGUUUCCCCUCAGACCAGAUCUGGACCCCUGACAUCCUGCUCUACAACAGUGCUGAUGAGCGGUUUGACGCCACCUUCCACACCAAUGUCCUGGUGAAUGCCUCAGGUUACUGCCAGUACAUCCCACCUGGCAUUCUGAAGAGCACCUGCUACAUCGAUGUGCGUUGGUUCCCUUUCGAUGUUCAGAAAUGUAACCUAAAGUUUGGUUCUUGGACGCACAACGGUUGGCUGCUGGACCUCCAGAUGCUGGACGUGGACACGUCCACCUACAUACCCAACGGGGAGUGGGACCUCGUGGGUGUGCCAGCCAAGCGUAAUGAGCUGUAUUAUGAGUGCUGUAAGGAGCCCUACCCUGACGUGACGUUUACAGUCACCAUGCGCCGCAGGACUCUGUAUUAUGGACUCAAUCUGCUCAUUCCCUGUGUGCUGAUCUCUGGCCUGGCCCUGCUGGUCUUUCUGUUACCUGCAGACUCUGGGGAGAAGAUUUCGCUCGGCAUCACCGUGCUGCUUUCGCUGACCGUCUUCAUGCUGCUCGUAGCAGAGAUCAUGCCGGCGACCUCCGACUCUGUUCCUCUGAUUGCCCAGUAUUUUGCCAGCACCAUGAUGAUUGUGGGCAUGUCUGUGGUGGUGACUGUCAUAGUCCUCCAGUUUCACCAUCAUGACCCUCAGGGAGGGAAGAUGCCCAAAUGGGUGCGCGUGGUUCUGCUGAACUGGUGCGCCUGGUUCCUGCGAAUGAAACAGCCUGGAGAUGAACGCAAGCGGCCCCACCACAAGUACCGCCACUCCUCUCAGCAGCACUCCAGUUCCAGCUCCAUAGAGAUGGGCACAGUACCAAGCCUCACUGUGCCCCUCGCGCAGACAUCCUGCUCCCCGUGUCCCACAGGAACGUCCAACGGUUCUAUGAACCUAUACUUUGGCAAUUACCACACCAUGGAGAGUCCACACUGUCCACCUUCCAGCGACUCUGGUGUAGCAUUAGGCGGACGCGUUUACGGCUCUCCCGGUGAUGAUACUGAUGCACCCGGCAUCAUUGGCAGUGGUCCCGGAGGCCUGGGGAUAGGAGUUGGCAUCCCACCACCAGAGAUCCAGCGCAUCCUGCAGGAAGUGUCGUACAUAGCCCAGCGAUUCCGGGACCAGGACGAGGCUGAGGCCAUCUGUAGCGAAUGGAAGUUUGCCGCGGCAGUAGUGGACCGGCUGUGUCUGGUGGCCUUCUCCCUCUUUUCCAUCAUUUGCACUUUUACGAUUCUCAUGUCGGCUCCUAACUUUAUCGAGGCCGUUUCUAAAGAUUUCACAUAAGUGAUGGCAGCAUCAAGUAAAAACAAGUGUAAAAAGAUCAGGUCUAAAGAUGAGAUAAAUAUAUACUCUUGAGUUUUUUCGCAAAUAUAAGUUGCUCCUAUCAGUUAGAAAGGAUCAACAACUGUAACACCAAGGGCAAUAAAGAUGAAGUCAAAGGUCAGGAAUCACAGGAGUAAUAAUUAUAUCCACUGAAUAUAUUUUGAAUUGUGUAAAUAUCAUUCAACCGUGUUGUCAGUGCACAAUAAGAGAAUUAUAUUUCUCUUUACUGCCUCGUCUUUGUCUGAGACACUGUCUAGUCUAAAUAUGUGGUAAAUAUUAUCUUGAGUACGAGUGAACGCUGACUGUUUAAUUUCAAAUCUGCUCUGAAGGAUGUUCCUCUCUACUAACACUGUUAGUAUCUACAGUAGAAAGACAUUUUCAUUCAAUGAAGCCAGAAUUAAUACAUGGAGCAUCUCUGGUUUUUAAACUAGUGUAGAAGUCAUUUCUUUUGUCGGUGUAGAGCAGCUCACGUACAUACAGUAGGAGCUUUUAACUGUAGUUCAUUUAAUAUUCAUCUGUAGACUACAAGCCACUCGGCUGAUACUGAACUUGUUCAUUUAUUGGCUGAACAGAACUCGUUGACUUUCUCAGUAGUUGUCACUGUGUAUAUUGAAGGAAGUGACAACAGACGAUGGUCCGACAGAAAGAGGACGACUUCUAACCUCCACUUGUCACAAAUGUGUAGAUUUGUAAAAAGCCCUGAUGUCAGUGAGCAUUGUUUUUGUGUUACAGUGUGAGACUCAUUCAUAUACAGUGGUGUUGUGUAAAGAUUCCCUUACUGCCCACAGUUUUUUGUAGCUGCGGUUCUGGGUCUUUUUUCUCUGUCUUACUGUGUCGUUUCUGACUUUACGUCAAUAAAAAUAUAUUUAUUCUCU